AUGGCAGAUUUGGAGACGGUCCUUAAAGAGAUUAGAGAGUUUCGACGGGAGACGACGGAUGGUAUAAACGGCAUCAGAGAAGACCUUAAGCUGACGAACGGCAGGAUCGAUGAAGCGGAGAAACGGAUUGGGGAGACGGAGGAGCGAGUACAGUGCGUGGAAGAAGCAACAUGUGAGCUUAUAAAACUGCAAAGAAAGUUAGAAGAGAAGCUGAUUGAUCAAGAAGGUAGAGCAAGAAGAGACAAUACUCGUCUGCAUGGUAUCAAAGAGGGCGCAGAGAGUGGAGCCAUGUGUGCAUUUGUUGAAACUCUGCAGAGGGAAAAGCAUGAGCUACCAGCUACAGGCUAA